UACUGUUGCAGAGGGCUCUUCCUUCCCAGGUGCUGGACUUGUUGAACUUCCUUGCAUUUGUCCUUGUUGAAUUUCAUAGACUUCCUGUCAGGCCAUUCCUCCAGCCAGUCCAGAUCCCUUUAAAUGGCAGCUCUGUCCUCCAGCAUUUCCACUGUCCCACUUUGGCAUCACCUGCAUCCUCCUCAAAAGUCACUGAGAAAGAUGUCAAACAGUGCGAUACUCUGCUUGCUACUGGCUUCCAGUAGAGUACAACCCACUGACCCUCUGAGCCUUAUGAUCUAACCAUUUUUUCCCCAUCUAACUGUCUACCCUCUGUACUGUAGCGUUCCAGUUUGCCUGGUAGAUGCAGAAAGAUGAGAUGCGCUCUGUUACUUGGAAUACCAAGUUGUCUUUUUGUGCUGGUGCGGCAAUGAGCGAUUCCUUUGUCUGAUGUGAUCAAACGUACUACAUCUGUACUUUAGCCAAGCAAUGAGUUUGCUCCCCAUUAUACAGAGGAAGGGAAGGGAGAAGAAACUGUUUUGAACAGGGUUAUUACUCCCUUCCAACAAUACCCACGUGUCUUCAAGAGUCUCAAUUUGUAAGCGUUUAGUAGUCCCUUCUGCUUACAAGGAACCGUUUGACUUCUUCACAUACAAUGCUAGGGCAGCGGGGGGCGUUCCUGAACGAGCAGCUGCCUCAGCAGGUAUGUCAGCCACGUAGCCAUCUCGUUAAAAGUAUGCACUCAAACCGCGCUGCGGAGCUGCUCUGAACACUUCUUCAAAGGUUUUAAGGGCUAGCAGCGAGAAACAGAGCGGGGGCCCGCACCGCCGCCGGGCCCGGGCAGCCGGGCUCCCCCAGCCCGCUCGCAGGGGGCCGGCGGAGCCCCGUCCCGGGCCUCGGCUCGGUGGGAUUUCGGAGGCCGAGCGAGGCGGUGCCUCCCUGGGGUUGUCCCCGCCGGGGUGCGCACGGGCUGUCCCGCAACGCCAGGGCGGCCGGGCACGUCUUAACCGGCCCCCGCGGGGAGCCGCUCGGCCUCCGCUCCGGGGAGAAGCGCCGGGCGGCGGCCACCGCCGUUCCUAUUCUGACGCCGAGGGUCGUGGGUGACUUUCGACCCGGCUUCAGCUUCUGCGUGCUGCGAGAGAACCGCGGCCGUUCCCUCCCGCCACUGCUGAGCCCAACCGCGCCGACCCGCCGCUUCCUCCCGUCGGCCCCCGCCACGUGAGCCCAGCCCUCCCGCGCCCCUCGCCCGAACCCAAAAUGGCCGCCGGCGAGCCCCUUCCCAGAUUGGGCAUCGUGCCCGACUCCAAGAUGGUCGUCAAUGAGGAUACCUUCGGAGACGGCCUUAGCGGUAAUCAUGUCCACAACUUGGAGAAGGAAUCUAGCAAGUUCAUGUUGAGGUAUAUUCUCAAGACAAGAUACAGUGACUCGUAUGCUUUUCUGGAUAACGUAAUCCAUGGAUAAAGUAGGAAAGAUGUGGAACAGUUUCAAAUACAGGUGCCAGAAUCUCUUCAGUCAUGAGGGUGGAAGCCAAAAUGAAAAUGUGGUUGUAAACUCCAGUAGUUGCUCAUCUGCUAAAGAGAAAGCUAUCCAGAUAAAUGAUCUGGCUCAACAACAACCCAGCAGCCCUUUGAGAGAAAACCUUGCUCUGCAAUUAGGUUUAAGUCCUUCAAAGAAUUCGGCAAGGCGGAACCAAAACUGUGUCACAGAAAUUCCUCAGAUUGUUGAAAUAAGCAUUGAGAAAGAGAAUGACUCGUGUGUCACCACGGGAGCUAGACUUGCUCGAAGGGACUCUUAUUCUCGGCAUGCUCCUUGGGGUGGGAAGAAGAAGCAUUCCUGCUCUACCAAAACUCAGAGCUCCUUGGAUACUGAAAAAAGAUUUGGUAGAACACGAAGUGGUUUGCAGAGGAGGGAGAGAAGGUAUGGGGUGAGUUCUGUCCAUGAUAUGGAUGCAGUAUCAAACAGGACAGUAGGUAGCCGUUCUCUGCGACAGCGUCUACAAGAUACUGUUGGGCUGUGUUUUCCCAUGAGAACUUACAGCAAACAGUCCAAACCUCUGUUUUCUAACAAAAGAAAGAUCCAUCUCUCUGAACUAAUGCUUGAGAAAUGCCCUUUUCCUGCAGGCUCAGAUCUGGCUCAGAAGUGGCAUCUGAUUAAACAACACACAGCGCCUGUGAGUCCUCAUUCAACUUUUUUUGACACAUUUGAUCCUUCCUUGGUUUCCACAGAAGAUGAAGAAGACAGGCUCAGAGAGAGACGUAGACUUAGUAUUGAAGAAGGGGUUGAUCCCCCUCCCAAUGCCCAAAUACAUACUUUUGAAGCUACAGCACAGGUUAAUCCAUUAUAUAAAUUGGGACCAAAGUUAGCCCCUGGUAUGACUGAGCUGACUGGGGACAAAAACAUAACACCUCCAGGGAACUGUGACUCUGAAGAGGACACAACGACGCUUUGUCUGCAGUCACGCAGGCAGAAGCAGCGUCAGAUGUCUGGAGAGAGCCAUGGCCAUAUCAGCAGGCAGGGGGCUUGGAAAGUGCAUACUCAGAUUGAUUACAUCCAUUGCCUUGUGCCAGACUUACUUCAGAUCACAGGUAACCCAUGUUACUGGGGUGUGAUGGACCGCUAUGAAGCAGAAGCACUUCUGGAGGGUAAACCCGAAGGCACUUUUUUGCUCAGGGAUUCUGCGCAAGAGGACUACCUCUUCUCUGUGAGCUUCCGUCGUUAUAACAGAUCGCUACAUGCACGCAUUGAGCAGUGGAAUCACAACUUUAGUUUCGAUGCCCAUGAUCCCUGUGUGUUUCACUCCUCCACUGUUACAGGGCUUCUGGAACACUACAAAGACCCUAGCUCUUGCAUGUUCUUUGAACCGUUACUUACUGUAUCUCUGAACAGGACUUUUCCCUUUAGUCUGCAGUAUAUCUGCCGGGCAGUAAUCUGCAGGUGCACUACGUAUGACGGAAUUGAUGACCUUCCUCUACCCUCAAUGUUGCAAGACUUUCUAAAGGAGUAUCACUAUAAACAAAAAGUCAGGGUGCGAUGGCUGGAGCGGGAACCUAUAAAAACAAAGUAAAUGGAAAUCAGAAUAAGCUUCUAGAAUAUGUGUGUUACAGUUUAACUGCAGCGAGCGCACCAACAAUGGCUAGCUUUUCUGCAAUAUCCUAUUUAAGCUGAGUGUUAGUAUCCUGUCAGAUGCUGCCUGCUGUUAAUCAAACUAAGUUGUGAUGCCUCUUGGAAACAAUAAGCAGACACAAUUCUGCACGUUUUUCAUUAAGGCCUAAUGAAAAUAUUUUUGCUAAUUUCUAUAUAUUUUGUUUCCCUUUUAUAGCUGUAGUAAUUGGAUGAAGAAACUACGAGGCAUUUUCCAUGGGGCAUUCAUGUAAUGCUAAUAAAGAAAGGCAUUAUUAGAGGAGCGUUUUUGCUAAUAUUUGAAGUAUUUUUUAAAAAUUAUCUUCUUGAAAACUUUCCAAUACUCAAAGUACUAAUUUAGUUCACAAACAAAUUUCCAAAUACUAGUGAAUGAGAGUAUUUUCUUUUAAUGAAGAGCAGUUCAUUAGAAGCAGUCCAUUAAGAGUUAAUGGUGUUUUGAUGUUAAUAGAUGAAUCAUGCUUUUCUCAGUGUAUAAGGUUUCCUAAUUGUUAAGACUUGAAUAUGCCUGCUCAGUACUGUAAUUCUAUUUUAAAACACUUGGAGAUUUAAGUGGCAUUGUUAGCAAAAGUAAUACUGUCUUGGACAGUUAAAUACCUUCCAGUGUGAAUUACUGAUUCAGUGGCAGGACACAGGAUUAGAUUAUUGCCAUAAAACAAAAGGUUGCCUUUUUUGCCUAAACAGAAUUUGGUGUCCUGACUGCUAGUAACUUACAAUGGAAGGUAAUAGUGAAGAGAAAAAAAUGUUUAAUUAUUUAAAGUUGUCUGAUAUUUUUAUGGAGAAAAUUACAAGUGGUUGAAUUAUUAUAAUCAGAAUACAAAAUCUGACAUAUCUGAAAUAAAUGUCAGGUUUCAAAGGUACUGUUACACUUUAUUUGUAAAUAACUUUCCAUUUGCGCUUUUAAAAAUGUUUUAAUAUGCACUGAUUAUAGUUUCAACAGAUUACUUGGAAACAAGAUUCUAAGUUCUGUUUGCUUAUUUAAUUGGAGAUGGAACUUAAAAUAGUUCUGUCUUGGACAUUUUUGCACUAAAAUUUUGUUGGAAUGCCCUGACCCCUGUUUAAUGUUUUAUACCAAUUAUGAGUGCUCCCUAGUUUCUUUACCAGCUGCUACAGUAUGUUAUUACUUACUUCUCUAUGGCAGUGACCUGUGCGAGGUAGGGAACAUUUUGGCUGCAAGUACUAUAAAUGUUAUUCUUGUAUGCUAUGCUAACCCUUCUAUUGAUGUAUUUUUCUGCUUGCUGUGCCUUGUUCUGGCUUUUUGUGCUAAUAAAGUGCAGUAUGUUCAGUGUUA